UUGUCUGUCACUUCUGUUGCAGGAAACGGAAGAUCUGAUUUGAAGCUACGCCUAGGAAUAGGUUUUGGACUUGGAGGAUCUGUUAUGAUUAUGACUCUGUCCUUUUUUAUUUGGUGGCAUCGCAAGAAACAAAAAUAUAUUCCCACAUAUUCGAACUCAAGAGAUUGUUCUUCCGAUCCCUCGCCAAGAUCAGAGCAGGAAGUGGGUGGGGCCUAUUUUGGGAUCCCCAUAUUCUCCUAUGCUGAACUUGCAAAAGCAACAAACAAUUUUAGUCAUGAGAGAGGACUUGGAGAUGGCGGCUUUGGAUCGGUAUACUACGCAAAAAUUCGAGAUGGAAGAGAAGUUGCGAUCAAGCGUUUAUAUGAGCACAAUUACAGAAGAGUUGAGCAGUUUAUGAAUGAAGUUGAAAUCCUCACACGUUUGCGCCACAAAAACCUUGUGUCCCUUUAUGGCUGCACUUCACCGCACUGUCAGCAGGGUCUGCUUCUUGUGUAUGAAUAUGUUCCCAAUGGAACUGUUGGAGAUCAUCUCCAUGGUGAUCUAGUGAAGCCCGGUUCAUUAACAUGGCCUAUUCGAAUGAAGAUUGCAAUAGAAACAGCUAGUGCAUUGGCCUACCUCCAUGCAUCUGACAUCAUACACAGGGAUGUGAAAACUAACAACAUCCUUCUGGACAAUAAUUUUUGUGUAAAAGUAGCUGAUUUCGGGCUUUCCAGAUUGUUCCCCGUUGAUGUUACUCAUGUCUCAACCGCUCCUCAUGGAUCUCCUGGCUAUGUUGAUCCUGAGUAUUAUCAGUGUUAUCAACUAACUGAUAGGAGUGAUGUAUAUAGCUUUGGAGUUGUUCUGAUUGAGCUCAUUUCAUCAAUGCCUGCUGUGGAUUUAAAUAGGCAUAGACAUGAGAUUAAUCUGGCAAACUUAGCAGUAAACAGGAUUAAAAAAGGCGCAUUUGAAGAGCUGGUCGAUCCAUUACUUGGAUACCAAUCAGAUGAAGAAGUUAAAAGGAUGACAACUGCGGUUGCAGAGUUGGCAUUUCUAUGUUUGCAACAGAACAAGGAAGUGAGACCCCCCAUGGAUGUGGUUUUGGAGGAAUUGAAGAGAAUUGAAAGUGGAGAGUGGAAGCUGGAAGAUGUAAUAGAAGAGAAAGAUAAUAUUGAUGAGUUGGAGAGUAUGCGGCGGCCACAAUCACCACCAGAUUGCGACGAUCUUGCUUUGUUGAAGCACAUCAGGGUGCCAUCUUCACCCAUUUCUGUCACUGCAAAAUGGGUUAGUACUCACACCACACCUAAUGUCAGUAGCUAAGAUUUUUGCUUUCUUGAAGCUGGAUUUCUGAGUUG